AUGGCCACCGCCGACCGGCGCCCACCGCUGCCAGAGCAGAUCCUCAACCCGCAGACGUACACGCCGCCACAAUUCACCUUCAGCAACUACCUCAAAGCCGCCAUCCCUACCCUCGGCGCGCCUUCGAAGGUCACCCGUCCGCUCUGUCAAGACUUCCUCGAUUCGAAAGGCAAAGCCUGUCCCAGAGGCGCGUCAUGUCCUGAUCGCCACUACCUGCCCCAGAGCGAGAGAUCAGGCGUGCCCCAUCUCAUCUGCAAACAUUACCAGCGAGGCCUCUGCAAGAAAGCCGAAUCCUGCGAGUUCGCGCACACAUUCAACCUUCGCGACGAGCGAGAAUGUAAGGAGUUCUCGAGAUAUGGCAUAUGUCCCCAAGGCGACGACUGCACAUACCUCCACAUCCCACCCACCUCCGAACUCCGCCGACCCGCAUGUCCUCACUACGCGAGAGGCUUCUGUCCCUUAGGACCCUACUGCAACCUUCGCCACAUCAAACACCCCAAACUCUGCCCCUUCUACCUCGCAGGGUUCUGCCCAAAUGGUCGCGCCCAUCCUCCAGAUCUUGAUAAGGUCGUUAGCUGCGAGUAUGGCGCCCAUGCGAAAUGGAUCAAAGACGAGGACCUCAAUCCUAGGAAGCCUGAGGUUCGGAAGGUCAAGGACGCGGAGCAAGAGAAGAAGGAGCAGGAGGAGAGAGAAGAGGAGUUCUAUGCUGAACAGGAUCGGAUACGGGAGAAGAUUGAUAGGGGAGAAAUUGGGCCUGGGAGGUAUGGGCAUGGAUUCCGUGGUGGGAGGGGAAGAGGGAGGGGGAGGAAGAGAUAUUAG